UCUCGCGUAACCUCGACUUUAGCGAGAUCAAAGCAAACAAUUUUGUUCGCGCUAAAAUUAUGCCGAAAUUUCGGCGAAUUACAAGAAAUCUACAAAAUUGCAAUUAGAUUGCAUUAUUCCAUAUGUAUCGUAUUUAGCGUAUACACCAUAUUGCAGCAAUAAAAGUAAAAAUGCCCGGGUACUUAAAGUACAUUGAGGUUGACAACUUCAAGUCGUACCUCGGUAAACAAAAGAUCGGCCCAUUCAAAAAGUUUUCUGCUAUCAUUGGACCAAAUGGAUCAGGAAAGUCUAACCUUAUGGAUGCCAUCAGUUUUGUUCUUGGUGAGAAAACAUCAAAUCUCCGAGUGAGAAGGCUAAGUGAUCUGAUCCAUGGUGCUCCAGUAGGCAAGCCGGCUGCUAGUAGAGCCUCGGUGACGGCAGUGUAUGCUGACCAGGUUACAGAGAAAGAGACGGUCUUCACAAGGAUCAUCCAUGGUUCCUCAUCCGAUCAUAAAAUCAAUGGCCAGUCAGUGUCAUCAACGCAGUACAACCAGGAACUGGAGAAGAUAGGUGUACUUGUCAAGUCCAAGAAUUUCCUAGUCUUCCAGGGAACUGUUGAGAGUCUUGCCAUGAAAAAUGCCAAGGAGAGAAUGGCCAUGUUUGAAGAGAUAAGCAGAUCGGGAGAAUUGAAGGAGGACUAUGACAAAGCCAAGUCUGAAAUGUUGAAAGCUGAGGAAGACACACAGUUUAACUAUCACAAGAAGAAAGGUAUUGCUGCAGAAAAGAAAGAAGCCAAGUUAGAGAAAGACGAAGCUGAGAGGUACCAGAAACUCAAACAAGAACUUGAAGACAAGCACUUAGAUCUCUCCCUCGUCAGGUUGUUCUACAAUGAGAGAGAUAUAGAUGAGGUGACAGAGGACAUCAACCACAAGAAUCAUGCUCUGCAGAAAGAAGUGAAGAAGAAAGACAGAAUCGAGGAUGAAAUUAAAGAUAAGAAGAAAGAACAAGGCAAGCUUCAGAGAGAGUUAACAAAAGUGGAAGCAACCAUUAAAGAGAGUGAAGUAGAGUUGAACAAGAAAAGACCAUUAUACAUUAAAGCCAAAGAGAAAACUGCUCACAUGAUCAAAAAAUUAGACAGUGCAAAGAAAUCACUGAAGCAAGCUCGUAAAACACAUGAUAACCAUGAGCAAGAGAUCAAUGAGUUAGAGAGGGAACUUGAAGAAGUUGAGGCAAAGCGACGAGAGUUUGAGGAACAGAUAGAGGAAGAGUCACAGUCACAGGGUCGUGAUCUUCAGCUGGAGGAAUCUCAGGUAUUGGAGUACCAGCGUCUGAAGGAAGAAGCCGGGAAGAGGUCAGCGAGGUUGCUACAGGAGAUGGAUACGAUCCAGAGGGAGCAGAAGUCGGACCAGGACAGAUACGAUAAUGAAAUACGCAAGAAAAAUGAGCUGCUGGCUAAAAUAAAACAGAAAGAACAUGAAAUGGAAGAAAACAAGAAAAGAGUGGAAAAAUUGAAUGAUUAUAUCAGACAAAGUACCCAGGCCAUAGAGGAGCAGAGAGUUGCAGAGGAGGAGUUAGGGGAGGAUGUGACAACAGCCAAUGAGAGGAUACAACAAAUUGAAAAUGAGAUGUGCUCGAUUAAUGAACAGCUCAGUGAAGCUAAGGUAGAUAAACAUGAAUCUGCCAGAGCCAUGAAGAAAGCAGAGUUACUAGACAAUUUGAAGCGUUUAUUUCCUGGUGUGCAUGGAAGAUUGAUAGAUCUGUGUGAACCCAGUCACAAAAGAUACCAGAUAGCCAUUACCAAGUGCCUUGGUAAAUACAUGGACGCCAUUAUCUGUGACACCCUAAAGACUGCCAAGGAAUGUAUCCAGUAUAUGAAGGAACAGAGAAUUGAACCAGAAACCUUCCUACCUCUGGAUUAUCUUGAUGUUAAACCAGUCAACGAAAAGCUCAGGGAAAUCCGUGAACCAAAGAACGUGAAACUGGUGGUAGAUGUGAUCAGGUAUGAUCCUCCAUCAAUAAAGAAAGCUCUCAUAUUUGCUUGUGGGAAUGCUCUAGUCUGUGAGACUGUGGAAGAUGCCAGGAAAGUGGCCUUCGGGGGUCACGAGAGACAUAAGUCUGUUGCAUUAGAUGGUACGUUAUUCCAGAAGUCUGGUGUCAUCUCUGGUGGUGCUAGUGAUUUGAAAGCUAAAGCAAGACGUUGGGAUGAGAAGAUGCUGGGACAGUUGAAAGGGAAGAAAGAAAAAUUGACGUCAGAACUGAAGGAGAUGUCGAAGAAAAAGAGAAAAGAAUCAGAACUCAAUACCAUCCGGUCGCAAAUCAAAGGUUUAGAGACAAGACUGAAGUACUCUAUCACAGAUAGAGAUAAUACGCAAAAUAAACAUCUUACACAGAAUGAAAAAGAUCUAAGAAACUACAAGGAACAGAUACAUUCAUUUGAGCCAAGAAUGCAGCAGUUGGAGAGAUCUAUGAAUGAAAGAGAAGAUACGAUUAAAGUAUUGAAGGAUAGGAUGAACAGGGUAGAAGAUGAACUGUUUGAAGAUUUCUGUGUUCAGAUAGGUGUUGAAAACAUCAGACAAUAUGAGGAGAGGGAGCUGUUGGACCAGCAAGAAAGAGCGAAGAAGCGUCUGGAGUUUGAGAACCAGAAAUUUAAACUGCAAAACCAGAUUGAGUUUGAACGCUCAAGGGAUACUUUAGCUAAUGUUAUGAAAUGGGAGAAGGCAGUGACAGACGAUGAAAAAGAAUUAGAAAAAGUGCGAAAUGACGAGUCAAGAAAUAUGGAGAUGAUAGACAGAGAGAUGCAGAAAGCUGACAAAUGUAAACAGCAGAGAUUGACCAUCAAAUCACAGGUGGACGAUUUCGAAGGACAGAUUAACGAGAUCAAGAAGCGUCUAAAUGCUCAGAACAAGGAGAUAGCUGCGGCCCAGAAACAGGUGGCAGCACUGGAAACAAGGCUGGAACAAAAACGGGCAGAUAGACAUAGUUUACUGAAAACAUGCAAGAUGGACAACAUCAACCUACCAAUGCGUAAGGGAACAAUGGACGACAUCACACAGGAGAACGAACCCUCUAGCGCUAUGGAUGGUACACAGAUGGAUGGUACCCAAUCUGAGACAGGGUUAGACAGUAUGAGCAGUAAAGGGGCAAAGAAAAUCUAUGAGAAAGAAGCAUUAAUUAUUAUAGACUACUCGGGUCUUGAUGAUGAUCUCAAAGAGAUUGAUGAACCAAGUGAAGUCAAGAAGACUAUAGAACAGCUGACGAAAGGUGUGUCAGAUAUGGUGUCUACAUUACAGAGAAUUAAUGCUCCAAACAUGAAAGCCAUGGAAAAAUUGGAUGGCGUCAAAGAAAGGUUAAUGGAGACCUCUGAAGAAUUUGAAAAUGCCAGAAAGAGGGCAAAAAAAGCGAAGCAAGCAUUUGAGAAAGUUAGAAAAGAAAGAUAUGAUAGAUUUAUGCACUGUUUUGACCAUGUCUCCAACAAAAUUGAUGAAAUAUACAAGUCCUUAGCCAGAAACCAGAGUGCUCAGGCAUUUUUAGGACCAGAGAAUCCAGAAGAACCAUAUUUGGAUGGUGUGAACUAUAACUGUGUGGCCCCAGGGAAAAGAUUCCGACCCAUGGACAAUCUGUCCGGAGGAGAAAAAACUGUGGCAGCUCUAGCGUUAUUGUUUGCAAUUCAUAGCUACCAACCAGCACCAUUCUUUGUACUUGAUGAAAUAGAUGCAGCUCUGGAUAACACAAAUAUUGGAAAGGUAGCAGCAUAUAUUCGUGAGGAGUCACAGAGACAUUUCCAGUGUAUUGUUAUCUCCCUUAAGGAAGAAUUCUACAACAGAGCUGAUGCUCUUAUUGGUAUCUACCCAGAGCAAGGGGAUUGUGUAAUCAGUAACGUAUUGACAUUAGAUCUCACCCAGUAUGAGGACCCACAUCAGUAUGAGGAGGACGAUCGUACAGCAUUACUUAAUGUUAGAUGAGGGCAGGAACUGUUGGAGGAGAAAUCGUUAGUGACUGUUGAUGAAAACAGAGAAACUUUGUGUUCAAACAGAUUUAGUGCUGAUCAAGUAAAUGUGUCAACAAACAAAGUGUGUCAGUUUACUGGAAUAUAACUCUGAUGUUAAAAGUCUAGAAUUUGAGUAAUUUUGACAGUACGUUUAAUGGAUAUAGUCCUACAAGCACUACGCUGGUUACCUAAUGUUUUAUGAAACAUUUAAAACCAUUGUAAAACCCCUGACAUCAUGUACAAAGAACUUUUUCUGUCCAGUGAGACACAGAAAACAUCUAUGUUCUUCCAGCAAAAUUAAUGAAAGAGGUUAGGCUACACUGCACUUUAGUAUGGUUUCAGUUCUGUCUAAUGGUAUGAAGUUAAGUUUUACCGCAAAUAGAAUUAAUGGCCAGUUGUCCUAAUAAGACCGCUAAACCAGGUUUAGUAUUUUAUAUAUAAGGUCUUUGCCAUUUUUUUCCUCGAUCUCUAUUAAUUUAGGUAGUAUCUAUUUAGUUGUUUAUAUUAAGGAGAUACUUACCAGAAAUUAGGGCAGCUGCAACAUAACUGAAAUAUAUGAAAAGUUGGAAAGUUCAUUACGUAUACAUGUAGUUAAUAUUUAUACAUAAUAUGUUUCUGUUAGAAUUAUUUAAUAAAUUGUGUCAAAUUAAUACAGAGCUGGACUUAUGAUUGUUCUAAGUCUGAAUUUGAAUACUUUAUGAUGCCCUUCAAACGAAACAAUAAAACUUAGGAUGUUUUUAUUUUUUUUAAAGGUAAUGUCUUGAAUAAUGUGCAUGAUUUAUCAAAACUUUUUCUAAUUCAUUGUUGAAAAUGAAGAUAUUAUUGAAAUUCAUGCUCUGAUUUAGGCAUUUUUCUCAAUUUUUACAUAUUACACACUUGCUUAAAUACUACAAAGAUCCUUCACAUGCCUAGACAAAGUAUGGUAUUUGGAGGUAUCCCAAAAACUUCAAUUACUGUACAAGUACCUAGUUAUAAAAUUAUUUUCAACAGAGCUGCUUGGGUACAUAUAAUAGCUAUACUCCUUUAAAGGAAUAAGAGUGCUAUAAGUAUCAGGUAAUUGUUCAAUCAAUAGUACGCAAAACAAGUUGUUGUAAAUUUUUUAAUAGUAUUCAUGUAAAUCUAUAUUUUUAUUCAUUGUAAAUAUCUCUAUAUUAUAUUCGUGAUUUCGUAUUCAUGAUUACAUCUCUUAUCUCCUUGUUGUGUAUCUCCACUUGUCCAUUGAUUCACAUUUUUGGAUGUCAGUAAAUCGUAUUUCAUAUGAACGAGCGUCAUAUUUCAUGUUAUAUUAAAUGUUUUAUUAUCGUAUUUGAAAUUAAAUGUUAGCUAUA